CUCAUCUUUUCUCCUCUCUUCACAAACCCUGCAAAUUCAUUCAUUCACAGCACAGAUUUUUCAUCUGAUAUAUAUAUACACGUAUAUAUAUGCAUACAUUGUACCGGAGCCGCCACCGGAAACCCUAGAUCCACCGUCAAAGAUUUUCUUGAAAAGGAUCUAGUAUCUAGGUUUCAUCGAAGAAAAACCCACAUCAAUUAUGGUUGGCCCUACGCCGCCGCCGACGACAGAGGUACCGGUACCGGCAACGGUUCAAUUAUCAGCUGAAGAAGAAGCUGUCAAGAGUAACACCGAUUGCGUUUAUUUUCUUGCUUCUCCUCUCACAUGCAAAAAGGGAAGCGAGUGCGAGUACCGCCAUAGUGACAUGGCUAGGCUUAAUCCAAGGGAUUGCUGGUACUGGUUGAAUGGAAACUGCUUAAACCCAAAGUGUGCAUUCCGGCACCCUCCUCUUGAUGGGUUUUUGGAAGCUCAAGUUCCAACUGCUAUGGGAUUUUCUGCAGCUCAUAUGGUAUCUGUUGCACCUAUGUCACAGGUUCCAUAUGCUUCUAGUAAACAAGCUGUGCCCUGCAUAUUUUUCCAGCAAGGGAUUUGUCGGAAAGGUGAUAAGUGUGGAUUCAUGCAUGCACCAAGCUUUGUUUCUAACAACCCUACACAACCUCCAGUGUCUACUGCAUCUAGUGAAACUUCAACUGUUAAGAAGGCAUUUGGUGGGGUUGAAAAGUCUGUGCAAGGCACGAAACUUUCACAAACAAAUGCUCUGAAGCCUUGUGAACUACCUAAACCUGUGAUAAAACUGGGAAAUCAUCUGACUAAGAAAGAUAACACCUUUGAUGAGAAGGUGCUGCCGCCGAAUUCUGUCAUAAACAGAGAGCAUUCCAGGUACAAGCCACCAAGUGCUCCUCCAACCAAUGGCAUUCCUUUCAGUGCCCCCAACAGAAAGCAGCAGCCCAUUGGGAUCGAUGAUCACAACAGCAUGCAAUACAAGGAUGAUGAAAUUUCAAGGGAGCCUUCUCCUGGUUUUGAUGUUCUUGUGGAUGAUGAGCUCAGAGGUUCAGAUUAUUAUCAUGGUGAAGAUCAUUAUGGUGGAAGGAGGGAGAAUGGGGAGAGAAAUGAAUAUGACAUGGGCGAUUCUGCUGAUUAUGAUUCAGUGGCAGAUAUUGACCGAGAUAUGUACCGUGAUGUGCGUGGAUAUGACUCGUAUGACAGGUUCCAGGGUCACUAUGCUUGGGAGCAGCAUAUAGCUUCUUCUGAGAGAAUACCAGGGGGCUCAGCUCAUCUUGAAAGCAGACGCUAUGGUACAGUAGAUAGCCCUGAACAUGUUGAGAUAUCAGAUCUGAGGCAUCGGUUAUCGAAGCACAGGAGGGGUAAUGGUUUGAAAUCUGUUAUUGGUCAUGACUUUUCAAGUGAAAAGCAUGUUGAAGGCCGAGCCAACAAGAGCUCUAGGAGGGAUGCACGCUAUUUACCUUCACAUGAUAGUUCUCUUAAUGGUGGUCGCCUUCGAGGAAGAAUAAAGCUUCCAGUUCGAUCAUCUUCUCCAGAUGAUAGGGCUGAAUUACGGUUGGAUAGGGCUAGAGACCGUGGCAGAUUGUCUUCAGAAAGGCCACAGCCAUACUCUUACCAAGGAAGGCCUCGAGACAGAAUAAAGGGAAGAGUGCAAGAGGAUAUCAAUAGCGAUGGCAGAAACAACAGAGUUCCUCAUAUAAGGAGAGAUAUAAUAAAUGUCAAUAAUUCUGACUUCCUGCGUCCUAAAAGUCUUGCAGAACUUAAAGGUAGGAAAACUGCUGAUAGCAAUGAGCAACAACCCCCGAGAAAACGGAAGUUCCAAAAACUUGAUGGUGGGGAGGAUCUAUCAUUUGAAGGACCAAUGCCUUUAAAGGAAAUUUUGAAGAGGAAAAGAGGGGGUGAAGGUAGCAUGUCAUCUGGUGGGAGUGAAGACGAUCAACAUGAAAGAAAACAACAGACUGAGAGGACUUCCAUGACUUCAGGGAAUGUGGAUUUUCCUUCCUCUGUUACCAAGAAUGGGUCUGACCUUCCUAUUCAGAAGGAAGAUUCUAAGCUUGUACCCAAAUCAGCGGAUCACCAAUCUCCUUUGCACCGCAGUGAAAAUGAACUUGAAGCUGAAGAAGAGAUGGUUGUGGAAGGAGCAGACGACCAAGACCACAAAGGCUAUGAUCAGAGAGAUGGACAUGAUGAUGACUAUGAGGCGGUUGAAGGUGAAGAUUACAACUUCGACGAAGGUGACCCUGAUGAUGAAUUCUUGGAUGAUGACGACGAUGACUUUGCAAAGAAGUUGGGCCUUGUUCACGAAUAAAAGUCAGGAGAUUCGUUUGCUCUAAGCUGUAUUUGUUUUCUAUACAUCUGUGAGCUCUUUUUAGGUUCAAUGAGAAGAUUUAAGAAGUGUAGGGUAACAAACUUUCUUUUUUCUUGGCCUUUGUACUAUUAGAAACUUUUUCUCAUGUAUUUAAACUCUCUGAGGUGGAUGCAUAGUUUUCCACCAGUUAGAGUUGCUGGGGGGCUAGGUUUGCCCAAAAGGGUCAAGAAGACUGUAUGUAACUUUUUAGAGUGUUAAGAAAAAGUGCCUUUGCAGCUUUGCUA